AUGGAGGGCAAAGCGGAGUCGGCGAGUGUGAGGGAGACGAUGAACAGUCCUGACCAACUAUGGCCCCUCCUGGAGGAUUUCUUCAGCCUGCACAAGUGGGUCACCACGAUAGACACGUGCUAUGGAGUCGAGGGCGUGUCGGGUGAGCCCGGAUGCGUCCGAUACUGCGCUGGCGCAAGAAGCUCCGCCGAUGGUUCCGAGGAUGUUUUCACUGACUGGGCUCUGGAGAAGCUGCUUGCGACUGACCCUGUCAACAAAAGCUUCACUUAUGAGAUCGUGGACUGCAAUAAUGUCGGGUUCAAAUCCUUGGCUGCCACAAUGAAACUGACGGCGGUGAGAGAUGCAGAAGAAGAAGAUGGAUGUGGAAUGAGCUAG